AAUGAUCUAAAGUCCAUGUACAGUAGUAAUAGCUCUCGUGCCGUGAUGCGUGACCGUGACUUGGGAACACGGAGAUGCAAUCCGUUAUCGUCACCUGUUUCUUGUGUCUCCAUAAGUCGCCAUGUCUUUGAAAAGCCUUACUGUUCCUGCUAUCGGUCUGUUGCAGUUUAUUAAACGUGGUGCCAAGCAUGUUGGGAAUCGUGGGCUUACGGUGGCUAGGAUGGGUCAUUCUGUCAGGUUUUACUAUGGUAAACCUGCAGACUAUGGCCUGGGUGCCUCCACUCCGGUUCGGACUGUGGACCUCCGAAGUGACACGAUCACCAAGCCCGGAGCAGCAAUGCGCAAAGCCAUGGCCGAGGCAGAAGUUGGAGACGAUGUGUUUGGAGAAGACCCGUCUGUAAACGAACUGCAAAAGCAAGCAUCAGAGAUGUUUGGCAUGGAGGCAGCCCUGUUCGUGCCCUCAGGGACCAUGAGUAACCUUAUUGCAGUCAUGGUGCAUUGCAAAGAAAGGGGAGACGAGAUGAUUGUGGGAGACCUGUCACACUUGCACGUCUAUGAGCAGGGUGGGAGUGCACAGCUGGCUGGCGUUCACUCCACUAUGGUAGCCAACCUGCCUGACGGCACCUUCGACUUGGCAGAGGUGGAGGCCAAGAUCCGGCAUGGCUACCCAGACGCUCACUACCCUCGCUCCCGUUUGGUGUGUGUGGAGAACACGCACAACAUCCAGGGGGGCCGCGUGCUCCCUCUCACCUAUCUCCAGGAGCUACGCUCACUGGCAGAUCGCUAUGAUCUGAAAGUGCACAUGGAUGGCGCCCGGCUGUUGAACGCAGCGGUGGCGCUGGGCGUGGCCCCUUCUGUCAUCCUGCAGCACUGCCACACCGUCAGCGUCUGCCUGUCCAAGGGCCUCGGGGCACCAGUGGGCACCGUACUGGCUGGCCCGGGGGACUUUGUGCGGAGGGCGGUGCGUGCCCGCAAAGCCCUGGGCGGGGGGAUGCGUCAAGCAGGCAUACUGGCCGCCGCGGGCAGGCUGGCCCUGACAGACUUGGUGGGCCGUUUGCACGAGGAUCACCAGCGAACCAAGAGCUUUGCAGAAGCAUUAAUGCAGUGCAACCCACCCCUCUACCAAGUGGACAUGGCUGCCGUGGAGACCAACAUCCUGCGCUUCUACCUGCGUGCGCCGAGCCUGAGCCCGGCGGAGUUCUGCGAGCAUGCGGCCACCGUGUGCGAAGAUGAGGUCCGGGCGCUGGGCCAGGGCGUGCGGCUGCUCAUGUUCCCGCAUGUUGGGGGCUCCAUCCGGGCCGUCUGGCAUCUGGGCGUCACUGAUGAUGACACCCGGGCUGCCAUCGCGAAGAUGGGCUUCCUGGCUCGGCGGUACGGGUGGGCGGCCGAUCGGAUCCAGUGAGCCACAAUGGGAAGGACCCGGCCAAUCAUAACAUUACCCAGAGUGGACGCACUUAGCAGAAUUAUUCCACAAAAUAAAGUGAUUAGAGCUCUUUGGAGAGGAUGCUGGGAUGCUGUCUGACGGCUGCUGCGUCCUUAGUCACGCAUUCAUCUCUUCCAGUUAAUCAUUAAAAUGAAAAACCAGCAACAAGGUUUAUGUCAGAUGGGCUGUACUUUGGUGUCUAGGGUGCCCUUCAACGUUUUAAUCAUUAUCUUUUAUGUAGCUGCAGAGCCCCAAACACUGCAAUGUAAAACCCAGAGGUGGAGAAAUUUGAAUUGAAUUGGGAAUUUGAGUUGAAUUGAGUGAUCAAUACAGCCCCUAGGAAUUGAGUGUGAUGUUGGAGGGGGGCGGGCACAAUUUUAUAAUUUAAAUACAAUGAUAUGUUUAUUGGUGGCAUGAAUUAAAUAUUGUGAGGGACACGUUCCCCGAUUCCUA